AUUGAAAUCUGAUUUGAAGUCGUUUGAAGUCAAAGGAGUAACGGAUUACUCACAGCUCGUUAUUGACAACUCAGCAAAUGAACUCAUCGUUGGUGCAAGGGAUAUGCUGGUGAGGUUAAGCCUGGAUGAUCUCUCAAUAAUCCAGUACACAGAAUGGAGACCAGAAAGGCAACUCAUUGCCAGCUGCCAGAGUAAAGGAGAGUCCGAGGAAAAAUGUUGUAACUACGUUCGCGUUCUCUUACUCCAAGGAAACCGAGUAUUUGCUUGUGGAACAAACGCCUUCUCACCAAGAUGUACAUGGAGACAGAAAGGAAACCUAAGCCAAAUAGAGGAGAGUGUAACAGGAAUUGCUCGCUGUCCGUAUGAUCCAAGUAGUAAUACAACAGCUCUGUUCACACAAAAUGGAGAUCUCUACAGUGCAACCGUUAUGGAUUUUACUGCUAGAGACCCUGUGCUGUACCGCACUCUCGGGAACUCAAGACCACUUCGGACUGCUCAGCUUAACUCAAAGUGGUUGAAUGAACCAAACUUUAUUUCAUCCUACGAGAUCGGACCAUGGGUCUACUUCUUUUUCCGAGAGAGGGCUGUGGAGUUUUCCAACUGUGGCAAGGUGAUCUAUUCAAGGGUUGCACGCGUAUGCAAAAAUGACACAGGAGGGCGGUAUAUGUUAGAAGACAACUGGACAACCUUCAUGAAGGCUCGUAUUACAUGUUCAAUACCAGGGGACUAUCCGUUCGAAUUCAACGAAUUACAGUCCACAUUCUAUGAGGAGUCAACGCAGACAAUCUUUGGUGUAUUUGCGACUCCAGGAGGCGUGGUCCGGUCAUCUGCUGUCUGUUCUUUCACCCUAGCAGACAUCGAGGUCUCCUUCCGAGGAUCCUUCAAGUAUCAGUUAAAUGCACGUUCUGCUUGGACUAAUCAGGUCAACUCCAACCCAGACUUCAAGUGUGACAUGGCGCAGCAGAGAGAUCUAUUGGAUGCCCAGAAGUAUCAACUGAUGGCCAAGGAUGUUGUACCCACGGAGAGAGCACCAGUCUUCUUCACAGAGAACAUCAAACCACAGCUUGAUAAGAUUGUCGUGGACGUGGUCGAAGGACAAAACAACCAGACCUACCAUGUCAUGUUUAUGGGAACAGAGGAUGGAAAGAUAACCAAGGUUGUUAAGUUACCUGGAAUCGACAAAGCUUGUGAGUUGGAGGUUUUGUGCAUUACUCCAGACAACCAAUGUGAGCCCCUCAAGAAAAUCACGCUUCACAAAGAGACGGGCGCCCUCUUUGUUGGACGAUCAGCUGGUGUAGUAAAGGUACCUCUGCAACGAUGUCAUCUCUACCUCUCAAUGAAGGAAUGCUUGGAUUCUAGAGAUCCGUAUUGUGGAUGGGAUACGUAUGCCAGACGCUGUACAACCAAACCAAAAAACAGUAAGGGUGAAACACAUUGGAUACAACAAAUAACCUCAUGCCCAGUCACAAACAGAGAAGUUGAUGGAGGUUACAGUGCCUGGAGUGACUGGUUCCCAUGCCAUGACCCUAGCGGUGAUUCAAACUGCCUCUGCAGACGUCGAGUCUGUGAUUCUCCAGAGCCUAAAUGCGGAGGAUCAUCCUGUGAGGGUGACAGUAUUCAGGUUACUAACUGCUCAGGUACUGCUGUUGUCGUGAGAAAUUCAGGCUCCUGGAGUGAAUGGAGUGCAUGGAGCGUAUGUUCAGCUAAAUGUAACGGCGGAGUCCAGACUAGAUCUAGACAUUGUCUGGGAGGUAGUGUGUGUAUGGGAACACCGGAAGAAACACGAGAAUGUAAUAAACAACUAUGCAGAGAAGUACGUAAGACAACCCGAUGGACACCAUGGAUGGUUCAGAACACAACACAAGACAGUUUUGUCUUGAAGCGUUAUCGCUUCCUUUGCAAAGCACCAGUGAUGGAUCAAUCCUUGCUCAGGAUUGGUCGAAUGAAGGUAGAAUACCAAUCAUGUCCGUAUCUCAGCAAGACAUGCUGGCCAACGGGAGGUGAGGAACAAGAAGUCGAGCAGCUCAACCGAUUAAUAGGAUCGUUUGGAGGAUGGACAGUUUGGUCACCAUGGUUACCGUGUAGUGUUACUUGUGGUAGUGGUGGUACGCAACAACGACAUCGUUCAUGUUUCCCUGGUAACGCACAAUGUUCGGGUGACUCUUAUCAACAGAGAACAUGCUCAGGAUUUUCUGAAUGCCCAGUUGUUGGAGGUUGGAGUUGCUGGAGCGAAUGGACAGACUGCAGUGAGACGUGCGGUGAAGGGACACGUAUACGAACAAGAACCUGUAACAACCCUACUCCAGCACACGGUGGUAGUGGAUGUAUCGGCUCUAGCAUAGACUCACAAACAUGUUCCAUCUCAGAAUGCCCUGAUUUUGACAGUCUCCUUCUUCUUGCAGGCUCGUCCGGUGAGCAGGGCUCCAUCCAGUCACCGAGUCGUCAUAACUAUCAUCUCUCCGGAUGGAAGGAAUGGAGCCGAUGGACAAAGUGCAACAAAGAGGGCCAGCUUCAUAAGCAUCGUAGUCGACGCUGCUUGGAAGCCAAUCCUGGUAAUGGGCAGUGUAUUGGAUGCAUCAAGGAGGUGGAUCUAUGCAAAGCGGCUAAAGAGCCCUUCCCUCGUGCUAUCCCAGAAGUCCAGCGAUUACAAGCCAAACCCGAAGUGGCUUGUGUCCAACAACCGGCCCCCGCCGACCCAAUCAGCCCUACGUUUAUCCUCAUCAUUGCGAUAUGCUCGGCUGUAGCUGGUGCUCUCAUGUCGGUUACCAUCUAUCGAACAUGGCUCAAAAGCUGCCAGGCCAGAGAGAUGAGAAGAAAUUCUGAGUAUGAUGACGACACUGCGGAUCGUUUCACCGAUGAUGAUUACGAUUGUCAACACCCUAGUGCAUUUAGGCAUCAGGUUGCCACGACGACUGGAAAUGACCAAAGUUGAAAAUUUCACCCCGAGAAGGGAAUUAAAUAACAGCUGUGUAUAGACUCUAGCUGAAUGCUAUGUGUGGAUAGUUUUAAUAUUUUGUACGACGCUGCAUUUUGUAAAUAUAAUUUGUGCAGCUUGAUAAUGCAAGUUGUUUGUUGCCAACCCACAUUUACCUGUGGGAUGCAGUUGCCUGCAGUUUCAUCACAAUGACUUAAAGGAAAAUGACUCUAAAUGUUGGUUUCUGGUACCUUUUAGGGCGAGAAUGUAUUCAUGAACUCAUAAUCAUCAUAUAAGGGAUCCCACAGAAAUCCCACAGGAAUUAAACACAAGUUCAAAUUUCUAAAUAUACUUUGGUUUCUAAAGAUCAUUUAACUGAAGGUCGGGCUGAGCUGAACUUACAAGAAAUUGUCACAUCAGGGCCAAAUUCUAUAAAGCUGUCAAACAAUUUCUGCUGAGCAAGAGGUAACAAUAAACCAGUUGCAAAUGAAACAAGUAACAUAACGUCUUGCCUGGUAACCUUUUUUUCUGGUAAGCAAAUUUGUUUUGUGCUUAGCAACUUGUUGUUAACCAGCUUUAUGAAAUUUGGCUGCUCUGGAUUCAGCCUCAAAAGGGGGAGGGAAAAACUUGAUUUCAACUCAAAUGAAUACCUUUUACAAUAAAUUGUCUGAUUGAUAAAAGCGAUUGUAUUUCAUGAACAAAAGUCCAAUAAUGUACAUGUAUCUUUCCCAAUACAUGCACAUACUAUUUUUGAAAUUAACAUUUUUGAAGUUUUUUUUCUUAGACUCUUCUGUAUAACAUUCGUACAUGUUUGUUUGCAACUACAAAGUUAAACUAUAAAAGCUAAGCUCAACUUAUCUAACCAGCUUAAAUUAGUUAGUAAACUAAUUCUGUGAAAACUCUUAUUACAGUGCCUUAAAGUAUCAAUACCCACCGGAAAUGUAUCAAUAUUUAUAAAUAUGUAAAUUAUUAAGACACCAAGUAUAAGUUCCUAAAAUAGUUUUAUGAAAGAAAAUGAAAUUUACUUUUGAUAUCCGGUCAGAGUGAAAUGUUCAGUUUGUUAACGAAAAAAGCAAGAAGUAGUUAAGGUUUGACACUUUUGAAAUGCCUGUAUAAGCCUAUUUAUCAACUA